AUGCCUUUCCAUCCUGAUUCCCUCCCAGAUCUUAGCGACAAGGUGCACGUUGUCACCGGCGGAAACUCUGGCAUAGGGUUUUAUACCGUCGCUCGGUUGGCCCAACAUGGUGCCCACGUCUAUCUUUGCGCCCGUUCAGAGAGUAGAGGGAUGGCUGCGAUUGAGAAGAUCAAAUUCCUCUACCCUCAAGCACGCGUCUCCCUCUUGCAAAUAGACCACAUGUCGCUCGCCAGCGUGGUCUCGGCAGCAGAAGAGUUUCUUAAGAAAGAAACGGCCCUCCACGGACUGGUAAACAACGCCGGUAUCAUGGCAACACCAUUUGAGAUGACCAAGGAUGGAUACGAGGCACAGUGGCAGACAAACUACCUCGCACAUUGGGUCCUGACCGCUCAUCUUCUGCCUCUGUUGCUCCGAACCUCCAGAGCCUCCCACCCGGCAGCGUUCGGGUUGUCAAUCUGUCAUCUUCGGGUCAUUAUUCCGCUCCCAAAGGAGGAAUAA